ACACCGCGACGCGUGAAGGUGUACCUCCUCAGUGGUGAGGACUGGAAGGACAACGGAACGGGCUACUGCACGGGCGAACUCGACAGCGUGGCACCGCGGUUUGUGGUGCGCAACGAAUUAGACGCAAGUGAAAUCCUCCUCAAUACCGUUUUGGACGGCGACACACAGUACCAGCGCCAGCAGGAUACCCUUAUUGUGUGGACGGAUCCUGCGGGCAACGAUAUUGCUCUUUCCUUCCAGGAAGCCGAGGGCUGCAACUCGCUCUGCGACUUCAUCAUCGACAUGCACGAAAAGUACUCGAGCAACAUUUCGCUCGUGCAGGUGGUUCCCGGCGGGAUGGAGGGCGCCGACAUCACAGAGCUCAUCGUAGGCCCAAUGAACUACCCCCCGCCGGUCCCUACGACCCAGAGCUUGGAGCAGGUGCUCGAGCCUAUCGGCCAGGGCUCCAACUCCGUCUAUACGCGUGAACACAUGGCCAAGUUUCUCAUUGACCACGACUACAUUCUGAAGCUUGUGGGCGUUUUUGAGAGCGCGGAGCAGCGCCGCGACUUGAAGAGCCUCCAUCUGUUGUGCCGCAUCCUCAAGACGCUCACGUUGUACAAUGAAACAUCGAUCAUUGAAAUUAUGAUCGAGGACAAGGUGAUCAUGGGGGUGUGCGGGAUCUUUGAGUACGAUCCCGAUUUUCCCACGCACAAGGCCAACCACCGCGAGUACUUGGCUGACGAAUCGAAGUUCAAGGAGGUGGUGGAGCUUACCGAUAGCGAUGCUGAGAUUAAAAGUUUGAUUAAAAACAAUUUCCGGUUGCUGUUUUUGAAGGAUGUGAUAAUGGCGCGGUUGUUGGACGAUGCGACACUUACGUUGAUGAACACGUUGAUCUAUUUCAACCAGGUGGAGAUUAUCAGUUUUUUGAAAGAUUCUGUUACCAAUCCAAACAUGAAAACUCAUCGCACUGCCAUUCCAACCACCGAGGUUAAACGCAACGGGGUGCGGAUGCUUCACCAGUUCACGCUCAUCACUAAAUCCCUACAGCCGAACCAGAAGUCGGACUUUUUCCGUCUGCUUGUGCAGAAGGGAUUGUUCAAAAUGCUCGGGUUUGGGUUCAAGGACGAGCUAACGGCGAUCCGUGUCAACAGCGUUGAGUUGAUUGUCGCCAUCAUCGAGCACGACGUGUUACUUGUAAACGGGUGCCAUCCCGAUGACGCGUCGUCCCUCAAGCUCUCCAACAACAUGAGCUUGAUCUCGAUUCUCAGCGACUUGAUGAUUAACGAGGCGAACCAGGGUCUCAAAAUCCAAGCGUUUGAGGCCCUCAAGCUCUUGCUCGACCCGGCUGGCGACAGUUCCGGUAGCAGCAUGGAGUCGUUGAAAACUGUAACCACUUUGAAAACCGACGAGUACUUUAAGGCGUUUUAUGCAAUCGUGGCCCCCAGAUUAUUUCAGCCGAUUGUGGAUGUGGCCCGACAGAAACCUCUCGAAUACGGCUACUCGAUGAGCCGAUGCCUUCUUUACCAGCAGUUGUGCGAGCUCAUUGCGUUCUGCACGCGAGAGCAUGACAAAAACAUGUGCCGGGUAUUCUUUUUGGAGAACUCCAUCUUGCUGGGUGUAUCGAAGCUCGUGGAACAGACGACCCGCUUGCAGUUGCGUCUUGCGGGAAUCCGGUGCUUGAAACACAUUAUCUUUCUCAACGAUGACAUCUACACCCGCCACGUCAUAGCCAAUAACCUCCUCGCGCCCAUCUUCCAGCUUUUAGAGGAGACGAACCGCUUGAACAACUUGGCCAACUCCACGUGCUUGGACCUUAUCGAGCAGGUCUUGAACGGCUUGGACCGAGCCGAGCAUAAGAAGAACUUUAAGCUUUUGGCCACGUACAUUGUUGGCCAGUUCAAGGGGUUAUUGACAAGCAUCGACUACGUUUCCAACGGCUCCGAGCUUGUGACCUUGGUGGAAAAC